UAAUCUGUAUCUUCUCAAGUAUAGUGAAACCGAUCUCUCUUGCCCGUGGAUUAGGUAUCACACAUCAUUUUAGUGAAUCACGUAUAUCUAUGUGUUCUUUACUUUCUCGUAUUGUCCAUUUCUCAUUCCGUCGUAACAAUGAGCAUGUUAGCAAAUGAUACAAGAUCCAUUGUCGAAACACUCCCAAUAACUCGAGGGGCCACCAAAACAUAAUUAAUGGCAAGUCAUGUGACAAAAAAUCAUGUGGCCACCUUCAUUAUUUUGCAACGAUGAAUGCUGUGAGCCCCCUCACUCGGGUGGCCAGCUUUGCAUUAUUUGCAUCCUCUUAUGAAAUCUCGAUUGAGACAAUGGAAAAGAUGGGAAGAGAAGCUGUGUGUGUAGAAAUGGCAAGAAGGUCCACGAUGAAUGAAAAAGGGAAAAGGAAUGGGACAGCCUCAGAAAGACAAUUAUUUGAUAUGUGGAUCUAAAUGGAAGAGAAUUGGUGAAGGUGGACCAAAAUCUUCCAUGUGAUCUCCUCGUCCUUCCUGCUGCCUUGGAGCAACAGAGAAAAAAGAAAAAGGAGUCCUUCUGUGUCUUGUGCAAAGCCAGUCUUUAUGGUGCAAUGGAAUGGGCCAUUAUUGAAACGAUGAAAACCAAGUUUCAGCACUACCAUGAACCAUAUAUUUCUUCUCAUGCUCGGUUGUUGGCUAAAGUGUUGAAGUCACUUGAAUUACAUUUGAAGUUCAGAUUCGAUAUUCCAUCAAAUUUCCUUCAUAUAACACUUACUCAUCAACUACGGUUUAUACCUAGUAACUCUUGAGACGGAACAAUGGUUCGAUGUAAGGGCCCUCAUUCACGUUUCGAUCAUCCGACUGUUUCAGGGUGGAGGAUAGUUGAGAAAAGACGAAGGUAACUCUUGAUUUACCCCCCAACGAUCUAGCCAAAAGCUCGGGAUCUGAAAUACGUUGAGAGAAAGAAACAAAACGUGAAGUAGAGAUUGAGUUCAAUUGCUUGGAGGACUUGAGAGGUAGAAACAAUUUAUGUGCGGAUUCGUAUCCAAAAUCUAUAUUAUCGUCGGGUUUAUCAUACAUUUGUAUCAUGCUGUCAUUUUACCCUAAAAGUUAACUUUGUAUCGCAUUAAUUAAUUACAAGGAAUUUAAUUACUUUAUAAGGCCACAUCAAGAUCAAAUAUUAAAUGAAUACUUCGUCAUUAUUGGGUUGGUUUGUUGGACCUAAAUGACCGAGCUACCUCUCUAUAGCCUAAGUGGUCACUCCUGACCAAGGCGGUUAGCCCGUCUAUAUAGGCUAUAAGAUGAAAGUAUGACAAACCCAUUGGUAUAAUAUUUAGCUUCCCAAAAAAUUAAGCAUAGAGUCUAAGAGGUGGAGACUUAUCAAGUAAGGUACCAGUCGAUGAGACAGACUUGUUAGCAAACUAGCAAUAAGGUUUCGGUGGCAAGCUGGCAUGGUAUCAAGCCGGCAAGCAACAAGGUAUCAAGUUGAUGGCACAUGCUUGGUGGCUAGUUCAUAAGAAGGGUCACACCUGGGUUAUGUGACAAGCCCGAUAGUGUGAACCUAACUUCGCAAUACUAAGUAUGAAACCCUAGAGGAAGAGACUUGUCAAGCAAGGUACCAUCCGGCGAGACGGACUUGUUAACAAACUAGCAAUAAGGUUUUAGUGGCAAGAAGGAUGGUAUAUAUCAAGCCGAUGAGAUAGACUUGUUGACAAGUUGACUAGAUGAACUUGCUAGCGAGUCGAAUGGUAUCAAGCCGAAGAGACAAACUUAUUGGCAAGAUGGACUUUUUGGCAAGGCGGUAUGGCAGGGUAUCAACUCAACGAGAUAUGCUUGGUGGCAAGUCAAAAGGUUUCAAGCCGAUGAGAUGAGCUUGGUGGCAAGUUAUCUAGGUGACAAGUUGACGAGAUGAAUGUGGUACCAAACCUACAAGAUGGUACCAGGUUGAGCUCUCCAAAACUAAGCAUGAAAUCUUUGUAGGUAAGGGGCCAUCCAUCAAUGCGAGUACCAAGGCCUAACUAACAAGACAGUUGCAUCGAAGUGCUCAAUAAGACGAGAGCAACAAAGAAGCUAAGUAUGGAGCCACUUGGGGGGGGGGGGCAUCACUGAUGUGAUCAAGACUUCAUCAUGGAAGCAAGGCAACGAGACUUCAACACCACCUUAGUCACGAUGAGAUGACAAGACUUGGAUGAAAUUCAACUCAACACCAACUCAGCCCGACGUCAAGGCCACCAAGACGAAACCAACUAUGAUGGAGGCGAGAGGUCCCUAAGGCUCCAACUUCAUCUUUUCUCUGCAGUGUAACAAUCGCGCUUAGCUUUUAGUUUGGAGUUCUCACUGAACAUUCAUAGGAAUAAGAAUAACUUAACAUUAUUAUAUAUGUCCCAAAAUCCAUCAAAAAUAUCCAACACUCUCGUUUAAACUUUAUCUGAACCGUAUCAUAGUUGUCAAAAGGAAAUUCUUUGAUAUUAAUACAAAAGUUUUCUCCCUAAAAAACAGAGGCACUAGUAACACCCAACAAUUACCAAAUAUAAUUAAGAAAAUAAGCUCACAUGGGAAGUGCCUCGUUGAUCUUCACCCACCAACACCAUGAAGACACUAUUUGCCUCUUUUUUCCUCACCAAAAAGAACCAAGUAGCAGCAAGAUAAUACGAAGGAGAGAGUUUAGGCUUUUUUGUCCUGUAACCGCUGCAUGCAUCUAGAAGGCAGGGGAGAACAGUAAUGGCCAAUGGGGUCGAUCUAGAAUGGUGUGGAGUAACGUACUUCUGCUUUUUCUCCUCACUAAUUUCCGUUUAGUUCGUUUCAAUAAUUUUCAUGGUCAGCAAGAAAAGAAGAAGAAAAGGCCCGGGCCAGCCAUCUGGGGCGCCAAAGCUCCCACCUACCAGAGCCACACAAAAAUAACAUCAAGGCUGCUGCAUCCGUUUGUUUCUCAUGCUAGCUAGGAGAUGAAUCAAGCAUUCGUUAUACGGGACGAAUUGUCGUAAGAGGAAAAGAUAUAUAAGACUCAUUCUUGAACUUCAACAGAUCGAAUUAGAAACAUGAAUCGAUCAUUAUCAUGGUAUCAGAGACUUAACAGCUAAUUAAAAAAUUUCGUGUUCGAAUCUCGAUAAUCCGCCUCGAAUUGAUUGUGGUCUCAAACCCUUUACUCUCACUCAACUUCCUGAUGACCACACUUGCCCAUGCACGGACACGGUUCACUUGGACCGCACCCAAACCCAAGGUAGAGCCAAAGUGAGGUCCAUUCUUCUUCUACAUGACGCCACGUGUCGAUGAUGCCUCUGCCUCGUUUCCUCUAUAAAUUUACCGCUUCGCCGCUGCUGGAGAGAGUCACUCGAGAUACACAGCCCUUCCCAAUUAGCCCAAGAUUCCUCCUCUGCUGCCUUCUCCUUUCUUCUUAUUGAGUUUCAAUUUCUUUCGGUGAAGAGAGGGGGAAAGAUGUUUAUCGAGAAGUUUCAGGUGGAGAGUCCUAAUGUGAAGUACACAGAGACUGAGAUACAGUCCGUGUACAACUACGAGACCACUGAACUCGUUCACGAGAACAGGAAUGGUUCGUACCAGUGGGUCGUCAAGCCCAAGUCCGUCCAAUACGAGUUCAAGACCGAUACUCGUGUCCCCAAACUUGGGGUUAUGCUGGUUGGGUGGGGAGGAAAUAAUGGAUCCACUCUCACUGGUGGAAUCAUUGCCAACAGAGAAGGGAUUUCAUGGGCAACCAAGGAUAAGGUUCAGCAGGCUAACUACUUUGGCUCUCUCACCCAAGCAUCAGCAAUCCGAGUUGGGUCCUACAAUGGAGAAGAAAUCUAUGCCCCAUUCAAGAGCCUCCUCCCCAUGGUGAACCCAGAUGAGAUAGUGUUUGGAGGCUGGGAUAUAAGCGACAUGAAUUUGGCUGAUGCCAUGGCAAGGGCCAGGGUUUUGGACAUUGAUCUGCAGAAACAGUUGAGGCCCUACAUGGAAUCCAUGGUCCCACUACCUGGUAUUUAUGACCCUGACUUCAUUGCUGCUAACCAAGACUCCCGUGCCAACAAUGUUAUCAAGGGCACCAAGAAGGAACAGGUCCAGCAAGUUAUCAAGGACAUUAGGGAGUUCAAGGAGAAGACCAAGGUGGACAGGGUUGUUGUACUGUGGACAGCCAACACCGAGAGGUACAGCAACAUUGUUGUGGGUCUGAAUGACACCACAGAGAACCUCCUGGCUGCUAUUGACAGAAAUGAGUCUGAGAUCUCUCCAUCUACCCUCUAUGCAUUGGCUUGCAUUAUGGAAGAGAUCCCUUUCAUUAAUGGAAGCCCACAGAACACUUUUGUUCCAGGACUUAUUGACUUGGCUAUCCAGAGGAACAGUUUGAUUGGUGGUGAUGACUUUAAGAGUGGCCAGACUAAGAUGAAAUCAGUGCUUGUUGAUUUCCUUGUUGGUGCUGGUAUCAAGCCAACAUCAAUUGUGAGCUACAAUCACCUUGGGAACAAUGACGGGAUGAAUCUCUCAGCACCACAGACGUUUAGAUCCAAGGAGAUCUCGAAGAGCAACGUUGUUGAUGACAUGGUUUCCAGCAAUGCCAUCCUUUACGAGCCUGGUGAACACCCUGACCAUGUUGUGGUCAUCAAGUAUGUGCCUUAUGUAGCAGACAGCAAGAGAGCUAUGGAUGAAUACACAUCAGAGAUCUUCUUGGGCGGGACCAACACCAUUGUGAUGCACAACACAUGUGAGGAUUCCCUCUUGGCUGCACCAAUCAUCCUGGACUUGGUCCUCCUUGCUGAGCUCAGCACCAGGAUUCAGCUUAAAGCUGAGGGAGAGGGCAAGUUCCACUCUUUCCACCCUGUGGCAACCAUUCUCAGUUACCUUACCAAGGCUCCUCUGGUUCCACCAGGCACACCAGUGGUGAAUGCACUGUCAAAGCAGAGGGCCAUGCUGGAGAACAUCCUGAGAGCUUGUGUUGGUUUGGCUCCUGAGAACAACAUGAUCUUGGAGUACAAGUGAAGGGAGGAAAAACAAGAGUUUGCUGUUUGCCUUACCUACUUACCCACCUAGUAGUUGUGGUAAUUGUGGCUGUGGAAGAUGAUUUGCUACUUCAAGCAGACUCUUUUUAAAAACUAGAAGGAAGAAGAAGACCCAUUUUCCAAGUUUCUCUUUUCCUCUGUUCAUGUUUUAAUGUCUGUGUGUGGAAAUGGCCUCUUCUGUAAUGAUCUAAAAUGAUCUCCCUUUCUUUUCUGCCUUUUUCUUUUUGUUUCCUCUCAAAAGGGUGAUCAUGGUUUCAUCAUGAGGCUCUUAGUGUGAUUGUUGGCUCUCUUUGUUCUGGCCAUGAUGCACCUUGUGUUGGUAAUAGAAUGGAUAAAUUAUAUAUAUGUAAGUUAGUUUCUGUGAAAAUUGUGUCUACUGCCUUGUACUUCUUACUUUCUACUGUUCUCUUCUCUUAAACCACCUUAGAUAAGGGUAGUUUCUUCCUAUCCUGAUAAGGAGCAAGAUGGACCGCCAUGAUCGAUGGCAUGACAUGAAGUUGGUCCUGAAAACUGCAUCCUGAACGCACUGAUUGAGGUGUGAAAGAUGCAGUAUACAGUGCCAUGUUGAACAAUGAACAUCACGACAGAAGUGCAAAAAGAAAAAUACUUUGAAUGGUUUCAACUGGGUUCUGGAGUGUCCCCAUUUCUUCACUUUUCUUUCAAUUUUGGUAUUGUUAUUUCACUUUCAAGUCAGUGUUGCCAUACAUGUGGAGCUCUUAUUGGCCUAUUGUUUUAUGUGCUUGCCGCUUGGUGUUGUUUUCACGAGAAUGCCAGGUCCACAUAAAAGCAUACUGCAGUUAAUGAAUAUGUUGUCAGCUUAUGUUAGUUUGGCUCCUGACGAGCAACAUGUUCAUGGGAUCCAACUGAAGGCAGAAAAAAAGCUCUUUGCUUUACCUACUUACCCACCUAGCAGUAAGAAGAAGAUGAUGAGGUUUUUUUUUUUUGGCCAGCUGUGGAAUGGAAGAAUAUGUUCAUGGGGCUAGUUAAUGAAAGAGAUUCGUAAGUGAAAGAAAAAGAAUCAAAGUUAAAUCAUCAAUCACCCUUCUCGUAAAAAUGAAAGGACAUUCUCGUUCCUCUCGAACAUCUGGUCGAUAACGUAUAGAGAUUUUUCAGAUAAUUAUCUGUUGAAUUCUCCAUUUGAAUGGUUAAGAAUGCGUAAAAAAACGUCAUUGACCACAUCCUAAUCGCCAAAAUUACCUCUGCAUCCAGAAUGUACCGACUGAGGUGUGUCGUAGUGAAGAGAAGUACAACGACCGUUUCAAACAUCACGACAAGAGUGGUAAAAUAACUACUUUGAAUGGUCCCCAACUUUGAUUUACAAGGUCCCCCACUCUUUCCUUUUAUUUCAUAUUUUUGGUAUUGCUACUCACUUUCAUGUCAGUAUUGCCAUACAUGUGGGAUGCUUAUUGGCCUGUGCUUUUGUGUUGAAUAGCCUAGGUCCACAUAAAAAAAAAAAAAAAAAACAACCAAAACACUCAGCAGUUGAAAUCUUGAGAUUUCUAAUCAGUAAUCACAUCGUUGGUUGGAUAGAUUUUCUUGAAGAGAUUGGUUUGGUCCAUUCAUAGAAACACAUUCAAUGGGUGAAAACUGAAAACCCUAACUUUCAUUUGUACUCAUGCUACUCUGUUUUAGUCCAUAGUGGAGAAAAGCAAUGGCAUUAUGGUCCACCGGAUUGCAACAGAGAUGGUCGACAUAGCCUGGGUAAGUGGAGACAUAGAUGGAGAGGCAGUUGCAUAUCAAGGGUAAAGUGACUGGCCCACGACAGAGCUCGUUAACGAACCAGGUCACGGAGUUAGUACGUGCUAUCACAUGCACCACUUGAUUGUAUAUAUGGAAUGAAACAGAUAGUAACUUGCAUUCUGGAUUGUCAGUUCACAAAAGAAAAGAAAAAAAUCUCAUUGUCAUACUCGGCUUAAGAAAGCACAAAACAAGGUACGUGUGGUUCGAAGAUGCCUCCUCUUCUUUAUGUCGAACAUCUUCCACAUCUUUCAGUUCGAACACUGUAACUAGUUAUGCAUACGUGGCGAAUUUUCUUUCCGUUUGGUGUUAUUAUCAGUACAAACAUAUCUUGAAAGUCAAUUCUAUCGAGAGGAUUGUGUUGCGGGAUUCUUGAAAAGGAAUUCCCUUCUUUUCUGUGGCAUUGGGUAGUGAGUGGUUUUGGUUUGCUUGGAAGGAACAGAGAACCUCACCUGAUCUCCCCAUCUUGGAUAGUAAGGAUUAGUGGAGGAGUAUUUUUCUCCCUCAUGGCUCAUCAAUGUUGAAAAACCUGUGAUUUGAGUGGUUGAUGGAAUCUCACUGAAGCUGGAUUUCAACUCUGUCGUUUUUUUCUUCUUGAUUUAAUGUUUUUAAUAUAGAUAAUUUUUAUGAAGUAAAAUAACAUCAAAUGGGGAUGUAGCUCAGAUGGUAGAGCGCUCGCUUAGCAUGCGAGAGGUACGGGGAUCGAUACCCCGCAUCUCCACUUUUUUUUAUUAUCACUUUGAUGUUUUCGAGUUGAAGUAUUGGGCUGCUUGGGCCGGCUACACAAGGAUGGGCUUGGUUGAUAUUGGGCCAGCCUAAGUUUCGAAAUGCGUAAGCAGGCCGUAUUGUAAACCACUCCUCUGUUAUUCUUUUGGGCUGAAUUGGAAACGAGGCACCGGUCCAGCUUCUCUAGGACGUUGCAGUUGUACCCUGAAGAAAAAAAGCCCAAUUAUUUUGUCCUCAACUCGAUAUGAAACUCUAGUCAACAAACAAAGUCAAGUCUAUGCAAAGUUGCAAACUUGUGUGUUCACGGCACGUAUGAAGAAUGCUGAAUGCAAUGCCAAUAAUAUCUAUAACUACACCGUAACUAAACUGAUAGAAUCCCAUGUGAUUCCAUAUCGGUCAAGAUUUCGGAGUAACGAAAAUAACUCUAAACGAGCUCAGUUGAUGCAGGCUAAAUUUUAUGUUAAAAGUUGUUAUUCAUUCGUAUACUUUCAUCGAAGCAGGAUCUCUGUCUCGCUCGUCCUUCCACAAGGACAACUUCCUCUUCCCAAAAGCAUGGCUUUAGAGUUUAGUUCUGACUUUUAUAUACCGCAUACGCGACCAAAAGUAAUUGACGAUUAAUUAAACCGUCGUGACAUCAUAUAAGAAAAGACUGUGAAAUUUAGGUAAAUAAAAUGGGUGGAAGUCUACGUUUGCAUUUGAGAAAAACAAAAAAACAAAAAUUGCGUAGCAAUCGCACUUUACGCACAAUUUACGUUAUAGACUGUGGGAAAACCCUUAUCAUCAUGAACUGUCGUUACCCUUCUUGUAUGCAUAAUUGCAUACGUUAAUGAGGAAAAGGACAAAAGGUGAGAACUUAGAAACAAUAUGUAAUUCCAAAGACCAUUAAGUAAAAAAAAAAGAAAUGAAUCAUAAGGUUGCCAUCAAAGACGAUAGCAAUUAGUGGAAUUGAUUAGUUAAAUGGGUUAUGUUAAUUAGGGUUUGUAGAUGGCUCAUUUCCCAACUCCCACAAUCCAAGGCAGGAAGCAAGGAGAUGGGGGUGACACCCAACAGCCCAACAAGUGGGAAAAGGGAUGAUUAAGUGUUGAGUGGUAAGCAUUAGAGGGAUUGUUUAACAUAUUAGGUUUUUUAAUCUUCAAUGUAGUUAAAUCUAAGUGUCUCUGAUAAACAGAUUUUGAAAGCGCGUUUAUCAGUUUGAUUUGUCAUUGUCGGUCAUUGUCUUCAUGAGAUACACGUAAAAUGAUCUUGUUUGUUGAUCGAUAAGAAUAUCGCCCGAGUCUCGCAAAUUCGUCACUAGUUUACCUAUACGAAAGACAUUAACUUGUUGCUAUGAUAUGGCAUCUGAAUGUUUGGGAGACAUACCACACCUGUUAGAGAUAAACUCCGUCAAAAUUUUUAUGUCGCUUCAGAAGUGAGAACAUGUUGUAUACCUAAACUUGGUGGUUAAGAUGAUAUACCUACACCAGAAUCAGUUACCUUACUCGUGAGCUAUGAGCAAUCAGAUCUUGUUUUUAUCAACUAAUCGAACCAUGAAAAUUAAUGGUAGGAAAAAUUCCUAACAACCGUUGUCUUCAUUGUAUUCACUUUUUUUUUUUCUCUUCAUAAAAACAAUAAUGAAUUCUCUUUCAUUAGCUCUUACAAAAUUUCUCAUACAAUUUGAUUGGUAGAGAGAUUUUUCAAAAUUACAACACAUAAAAAAGCUUUUAGUAAAUCAAUAAUAUUCUCUUGUGACUACUUGUCAAUCCCCUAGUUCAUUUUCACUUCUUAAGAUUCUUAUAUAACCCAAAUAACCAAAACUCAACUCCCUCCUUCCUUUAUUUAUUUAGUGUUGAUUUACUCAUGCCUCGACAUAUUUCUACUUUUUUAAUAAGAAAUACUGGGUUCAAAAAUAGAUACUUACAAAGUACUGAGUAAUCAAACAUGACAAUCGACAAAUAGAUAGAUCGUCGGACGUUUUACAAGAGCCCCAAUUAUAAUAAUAAUAACAAUCAAGCACCCUCAUAGCUGUUCCACAAAUAAAUCUGAAGGAAAUCAUAGUUUUCAUAUGCAAUCAUCAAAGCUGGAAGAAGCCAAUCAGACAACAAAGUAUGGUGUGUUUAUCAAUCAAAGAAUAAUUCAUUUCUGUAUUUUUCAAUACGUUUGGUUGUGCAUUAUUGGGCAGCCGGUGGAUUAAUAUAGGGAGCGAAUUAAAGAGAAGCAUUGACCCCAAAACUAAAAAGAAUUGACAAACAAAUCCUUCAGAUUUCGUUUCCUCAAGAUUUGCCCUCAAAUUGGCAUUUUUUCUAUUCCUCCUCGGGCGUGUAGAUACUCCAGGUAACAUCAAAAUUCCUUGUUUAGUGGUUCUGUAGCGUGUUAAAUAUUCAGACGUGGAAACGGAAUAAGACGACACCUACGCAUAAUUAGAUGAUACUAUCUGUAAAUUCAAUUUUCUCUCUCGAUAUUUUUAAUGACUUGAGAAUUUUCUAAACUAUUGAACUAAGAUUAUAUGAACUCAUGAAUUAUUAUACCUUAUUGUUGAGUUUAAGUAUGUCAUUGAUCACUUGAACUACAUUGCGAAAGUGUUAUAACUAGUAAACUGCUAUUUCAUUUAUAAUUUUAGUACAAACUAGUUCCCCCCCCUUCCCACAACUAGGCACGAUCAGGCAACUGAUAGACAAUCGAGGCAUAAGAUAAGAUCUCAACAAUUACCUUACGCUUAGCUCCUUUUUCGACCUUGAUAUCAUCGACUUAUUUUAAGCCACUUUAACUUUAGAAUAAUAUGAUGAUAUUAUGGUUUGAUUAAAAAAAAAAUUUGCGUACUUAUGGAGAGAUUGAGAGGGAAAUUAAGAAUUAAAUAUUGGCAUUUAAAAGAAACAGGUACGCAUCAUUAUUGAACCAGUCUAGCUAAGUAGCUAUCAAAUUUGGAUUUUUUUUCCAAUUAUUCCUUUUGGUCCCCCUAUAGCUUUAUUAUUACAAAAUUGGAAUAAUUUGGCUUGAAUGAUUCUUAUUAAUUUAUUUAUUAAGAAAAUGGAGUGAGACAUUGACCUCCUGAAGGUGAAGUGAGUGUAUAUAAUAAUAAUAAUAAUAAUAAUAAUAAUUAAAAAAAAUAAUGUAGCUGGGCUGAAGUUGAUAUAUGGAGCUCCGAUGGAAGCAUGUUCAACGAACAAGUCUCCUUUCACAUUUCAGUUUUAUACAAGUGAAAGGUGGUGCAAGGUUCAAGAGAGGUCGUAUCUUUCUACGAUAACCAAGAAAUUUAACAAGACAUAUCUUGAUUUACAUUGAAUGUGUAGCGGAAAAAGUUAUUAUUGUGUUUAUCAAGUCGUUGAGUCGGACGCGAACGAUCCAACGAUCACGAAUCGUUCGCUUCCGAUCAAACGGUACGCGCGUGGUGCCUGUGAACACGUACGUACCCACGCGGUACUCCUGUGAGCACCAUAAUCGGACUGUAGUGGUGGUGGAACGAGUCGCGCGCGAAUCGAAGGACAGUAGUGGUCCCCAAAAACCCAACCAAAAGGGAUGGGUGGUGGACCAUAAAUGGUUAUUGGACGGGUCCGAUCGAUGGGGAAUUGAGAGGGGCCGCCGGGGAGCGUCUUGGAGUUUUCCAAAGCAACAACACAAACACUACACCAACCCAAAUUCCCCAAUUUGCCCAAACCAAACCAAAACCAAAUAAAGUCUCAUCAAUCACCACCAAGGUUGUCAAACCGGUUUGUGUCAGUGUGCAGGUUUAGCAAGUGGAAUGGUUCGACCGCUGGUACAUUCUGGUUUGUGCCGGUUCAUGCCGGUUAAUAUUACAGAUAAUUUACAAAUACUCAUAUUUAAGCACAACAUUUAACGUCAAUACCUAAAUAUUUGUACUUGAAUUCAAUAAAUAACAUCAACAUUUAACUUUUUUAACACAUAAAAUAAAUAAUAAAUUAUUUUUUAUCAAAUAAAUUCACUAAUAGAAGAUCAUUUUACUUAGAGAUUCGUAUAUCGAUCAUGCCGGUCAUACCGGUGGUGUCAUACCGAUUUUAUGAUCGAUACAGGUUGAAUCAGGUUCAACCAGUGGCACUCCGGGCGGCGUGACAACCAUGAUCACCACCCAACAAAUCCUUCCAAAACCCAUCAAGUGUCAUUAGUUAAUUCAUAAAAACAGUAGAGAUUAUGAUGACGACGACUCGACAAUUCACCUCUCUCCCUCAGUUUUACUACCCUAUACAUGUGUGUUUGUGCAGUCCCUAGGUUCUUGGAUUUUUCAUAUUCAAGAUUCCAAUAGUUGUGGUGUGUGCACUGUCGGUGAUAUUAUAUUCACUAUAAAUCACCAGCAUGUGAAAUGAAUCUUUUUUUUUUUUUGGUUGUAAACACACAUCGGUAAGUUGUUUGGGUCGUUCUGAUGUGACGCAAAGAGAUCGAUCCAGACUCUUCGAGGUUUCCCUUGUA